UUACUUGGUUGCUUUUUGUCUGUUACAUAACAAUUCUGUUCUUCAUUCUCUCCCUCUCUCCAAGACCAACUAUCAACGAGAGAGAGAGAAGUUGAGGAGGCAGACAAAGAGACACCAAGUCUUCUAGAAAUGCGGAGCUUACCUUUGGGUACUUCACUUACAGUUUCUCCUUCACCAACUUCCUCAAAACCUUCUCUUUUCCCUCUCUUUCUUUCAAAAAAACAACAUCAACCCUUUUUUCCAUCUUCUUCCAGGGUUUGUCAUGACUUAUCUCUUUCCAAAAUAGGAGCAUGCAGAGCUACUCAAAUUGUUGAUCUCUUUCCAGCCGUGUCUCCUGAGAUAGUAGUUCGGGAGGCCCGGAUAGAGGACUGUUGGGAAGUGGCUGAGACUCACUGUAGCUCAUUCUUCCCCGAAUAUUCCUUCCCUUUGGAUUUUGUACUGCGAGUUGACAGGCUGGUGGCAAUGCUGUCUGGAUUCUCUAUUCCAACUGGUUGCAGGAGAACUUGUUUGGUUGCUGUCAUUGGUGGUUCUGUUGAUGAUGCAUUGUUAUUUGGAAGCGAAGAUUUCAAAAUAGGAGGUUUUGAUGGGAGAUUUAGUCUUAAUAAAGGUUAUGUGACUGGCAUACUAACUGUUGAUACUGUUGCUGAUUUUCUUCCUAGAAAAGGACCACGCCGACAGAGAAGGACUGGAAUUGCAUACAUAUCAAAUGUUGCUGUUCGAGAGAGAUUUCGUCGGAAGGGAAUAGCUAAAAGGCUCAUAGCCAAGGCAGAAGUGCAAGCGAGGAGCUGGGGCUGCCGUGCCAUUGCUUUGCACUGUGACUUAAACAACCCUGCGGCUACAAAACUGUAUAAAGGCCAGGGUUUCAGAUGCAUUAAGAUGCCAGAGGGAGCAAACUGGCCAAAGCCCAAGACCUCACCUGAUGUUAAGUUCAACUUCAUGAUGAAGCUUCUAAACUCCCCUACCACGGCAUAAAUUCUUUACAAAUAUUGAAAAGAUAACUAGAAAACUCAUCAAUGAUUCAAAUAUGUAGCAUGUCUGGAAUUAGUUGUAUAUAAUUUAAACUGGUUGGAUUAGCUUCAGAUACGCUCUGGUUCCUGUAUUUGUUGUGUCUGUAAUGUUCCUGUUACAAUCAGCUGUCUAUGAUAGGUGAAAACUCUGCGAAGCUCUUGCAACAUCUGCUCACUCAUGCAUUUUGAGUUUUGAGGUUGAGACUACAAAUUUUCUCAAUUUCGGCUGACCCCUUUGGUUUGAUUUCAUUUAGUACUCGUGAUACAGACCGGCUCAGGUUCAAAUGGGGAGUACGAACUGCGUUAAUGAGCACGCGCAUGGUUAUGGGAUUCCAAAUUAGUGCCACAAAUGAUUAAAAAGAGUUUCAAAAUCGAUCCCCAAUAUCCUUUAGGUACAAAAGACGCCGUAGUUUGAAUUCAAAAAAAAAGAUUGUGGAAGUUGAGAUUCGAAUUUUAGUCAUAAUGAAUAUUGCUUAUUAAGAAAUAAAUUUCUGAUGCAGGUCCCAAUUUUCUCCUUCACUGAAUAGCUGCGGCAUAGCUUUUUGAGACAUGCAUAUCUUUCUAGCUGAUUAGUACAACAAUUCACUACUACACGUUACAAUGUUAGGAAUAGAAUGAGUUAGUUCAGUUAUGGUUCCUGUUGCUGGUUGUGUCAGAUUUGGAUCAUCAGCUUUUCAGAAUAAAUCUGAAUUGACUCCUAUUGAUUUCAGUUUUAAUUCAGUCAGAUUAUUUAGGUUGAGAUCAGGUUUGGCAAUAAAAAGGACGAGUCAGCUUUGUAACCUGACUUCAGAGAAUCCGGGUAAGCCUCCUCAAGUUUUAUUGAGUGCAGAGGCAUGAUAAUGGAUGUUGCUGUUAGGAUUGAAUAGAUAUUCAGACUCAUCUCUAUUAUUUGGUACCUGGAAAAUUGUGUAUAUUUGCAGAAGUCCUUGGCUGAGAUUUCUAAUCACUUUGCAAAAACUAUAACCUCAAAACUACCAUUAUUACAUUAGCAGGCCAGCUCGUUGCAGAAGAUGAGGCAGCCAUCGGAACACAAUUCAAAAGCUGAACAAGGUAGCCACUCAGCUUACUUGGGUUGGAAAAUUUUGUCUAAAGCAGAUGUGUCCAAAGCUUGAAAUUCCUUCAAAGCAGCCGCAACUUCAAGUCCAAAUUUCACAGCAUCUUCGUGGCUUGGUGCCUACAAUGUGUUUAUUAUUAUUCAGCCAGGAAAUUACAGUGUUGAUACUACUUUCAUACCUCAAUGUUAAGAGGAAGGACAGGAUCAUGAAGUGAAAGCCUAAGAAGAAACCACCCUCCAUAGCCAGAAACUCGAACCUGCUUUCAGAAGGAAAAUAGGGAAACCUGUUUCGUAAGAUGUUGAAACUACAACAGUCCCAUUGUUGUGGCUACAUUUGCUAUUCAGUUUAAGUAAACUAUCUUAUGAUUACUUCAACAAAGAAGCCGACAUAAUUCAAUUUCCGAAGCCUAUAUCAAACGUACCCCAUUGUAGUUAACAGGUGCUUUCUGAAGCUUGGGAUCUGAAGCAAUAUAGUUAUCCAGGUGCUUCAGCACUACUUCCCAAUAAUCCGGAAAGAUAUGCAAGUUUCUAACUCUCAGCCACUUUAACAGAAAUCAGGCAGACAGAUAAAGAUUGGAGAUAUAUAAAGGCACCAUACCGUCCUUUUAAGAUCAGGAUGACUCUGAUUUUAUCUUUAGUCUUAGUUCCAUGAAAAUAACUUGUUUCUCCAGACCCUCAACCAGAUCUGUUAAAACUUUGCUUUCAUCACCUCUGCCAGAAGCCCUGUCCGAAGCAAGUUUAUUUAGGAGUUUACCUGCAUUCAGCAGAAAGUCAAAUAAAACCCCAUGAGAUGGACAAGUCCAUGUGCAUUUAAGUUAUUGCUUUGGUUCAUAUAUACAGGCCAAUCUAACAUGCAACAAGAGGCUUGCCCACAACUUAAAAUAAAAGCUUACCAUCAAGUAUGCCCCAUCAUCAAGCCAGUGAUUCUUCCUGAGAGCUCCAUGGUCACUGGUUUCUAUUGCCAGAUGUGAUUCUUCUCCAACAGAGUUCUGUCAGCAGUUCUUUUUCUUGAGUUUGAAAAAUUAAAAUUUUUCAAUGGGUAACGAAGAACUGAGAGUUAAACAAGAUAAUCAGCCAUGGUGUAAAGAGGUGACAAGGAUCUCCAAUACCAAGCAAUGACGCAGCAGGGUAUGCUACAUUAUUUUCAGGCAUUCUAUUGUUAAGUACAACUAAGAUAAAUGAAAAUGAAACUUACCAAAUGAAUCACCUCAUCAAUGACAUUCUUAUAGCCUCUUUUAAAUCUCUCUCUGGUGCUUUCCCCCUACAAGAAGUUGCAAGUUAUAAGUUUGCUCUAGAAGAAACAAAGCAAAUACAUGCAUGUCAGUUCAGUCCUUGUCAUCCCAAGUUUUUUUCUCAAUGAACGAAGUAAGUCCAUUUGAAGUCACUGUCUGUAACAAUGGAUAGCUUAGGACCAAACAGGGAGACAAGUUGCAGUUGCAAUAAUAUCAAUAAAAUGAAAGAUAAUGAAGUUUGAUUAACUCAGACAAGUGUCUUGUUGGAACCUAUGCUUCAGA